AUGGGUGAGGACCGAGGCGACGGGUCAUCGGCCGCACCUCCGCCUUUCGGAGCUCUGCCUCAACAACAGUCCAGCUCACAACGGCUUCCAAAUCCAGCUCCUCACGACGCUUCACGCAUGGCGGAUUGGGACUGGCGUGAGAUAAAUGAUGAAACGUUGGCACAGCUUUGCGUGUUCCAUGUUCCAGAUAAACCGGUUCAGCAUCAGGACGCAAAGAACCGCUCCAUCACUUCACUGCCUCUGAACCUCACCAUCCGCCCCUCAGCGCAGGAUCCCUCGAGAAUGGGAGUCUGGUCAGUCGACUACAUUCCCAGAGGUGUCCGCUUUGGACCGCUUCUGGGAGAGGUGCUGAUGAACGGAGCCGUCGACACCUUGAUGUGCCCAGCAGAAGCUGCCAGCGCGGGUGGAAGCACAAGUAGCGCUGGGUCGACAUUAUCUGCACCGACUACACCGCCCAAAGAGUGGAAGGUGAUGUCGCCUUCCGGCGGCCGUGCUGUGAAGACAAUCGUCGUCGAGGAUGACGCUCGCUGCAACUGGAUGAAAUUCGUCAAUGUAGCGGUGACAAAUGAAACACAGAACCUGGUCGCUUGUCAGAUGGACAAUGACGUCUAUUUUUACUCGAUUCGAUCAAUCAAACCAAAUAGUGAGCUGACGUUCUGGUUCAGUAAGGACUACUCCCACAAGUUAAAAUAUCCAGUUUCUUGUGAGGCGGCCCGAAUGGCCACACCGAAGCGCCCUGCGCAGCAACCGCAGCAGCCAUGGGUUAUGGAGGACCGCGCCUCGCCUCAGGAGGCUCUUGACUACAGUAUGAAGCGGGACGCCAUUGAGAGUAGCCGCAGUGAAAAAGCGGAACGAGGCGACUCGUCUGACGCUGAGCCAAGCGAUGAUGGCGAGUCUGAGAAAAGCAAUUCGAACAGAACUAAAUUCAGCUGUUCACCACCUUCGCUUGCCGAGGUACAGAGCCGUCCCAAUGUCAUCCAGAAUCCUGUACAUCGUCCUGUUCCCACACGUAUUGCAUCGCUGCCAGCACCUUCACCUGUUCGGCCGAGCCCUUUGAAUCCCCUGUCGCUCUUUCAGGACUAUUUCAGGAGGACCCAACAGCUCAGUGGUGGAGGGCUGUGGGUGCCGCCGUCAACUCCUGCAGCUGCUGCUACUGCUGCCACAGCUGCGGCAGCUACAAGGAUUACAGCUUCCGGAAGACCCAGUGACGCUCAACCGAUUCUUGCUGCUACUGCUGGUAGUGGUUUUGGCAACUACAAUGGAAUCUAUGGAACCCAAGAAGUGAAGCCAAUAUUUUCGGCAGCCACUCCUGCGUUCGGAGGUGGAAGUCUUUCAGCCCAUUUUGGCGGAGGAGGUGGAGGAGGAGGAAACGCUUUCCCUCCGUUCCCAGCCUCAAGCACACCCAAUCAUAGUGAGGGAGGAUAUGGCGCUCCAAAGUACAUUCAACAACAAGAAAAUGGGAAAACUCGCUACGCCUGCAAGGAGUGUCACAAGACCUUUGGACAGCUUUCCAAUCUCAAGGUGCAUGUGAGGACCCACACAGGAGAACGCCCGUUCAAGUGCGCCGUUUGCGGCAAGGAGUUCACCCAACUGGCGCACCUCCAGAAGCACAACCUUGUUCAUACAGGAGAACGACCACACCGUUGUGACAUCUGUGACAAGCGCUUCUCAUCGACAUCGAACCUGAAAACGCAUCUGCGGCUGCACAAUGGACAGAAACCCUAUGGAUGUGACGUCUGUAGUGCAAAGUUCACACAGUACGUACAUCUUCGCCUACACAAACGUCUACACGCCAACGAGCGACCGUACGCCUGCAUGUCGUGCGGAAAGAAGUACAUAAGUCCUUCUGGGCUUCGGACGCAUUGGAAGACCACCUCAUGCAAACCAGAUGAAAAGGAGAUGAAAUUGGAAAAGGAGGACGAGGCCGUCUCGUCCACCACCCCACUGCUUGUCGCCCCUUCCACAACUCCUCAUCUCCAGCCGGCUUCUUCCCACAUGAGCGCUCCACCGCCACCACCUCCACCAAUGUCCCUUCAUCACGAAGCUUCCAUGAAGUUCAAGGCCGAGCAGAUGGCGCCAAUGCAGAGCAAUAUUCCCUCGUACUCAGGUCUACCGCCGCUUUCGUCACUGCCGUCACUGCACUCAGCGCUGCCGUCUUCGCUUUCUUCAGGGCUCUCGUCGUCCCUCUCCUCCUCGCUGUCGUCCAGCCUGGCGACGAGUCUUCACGAUCCGUCCAGCUCACUCAGGACUCCCUUGAGAUUACCAGAACUGAACUCUCUCAAAGGCAAUAUUCUACCGGGCUUAGGGUACCAAUAG